UCGCCUGGUUCCGGACGGACUCGCCGCACGCUCCUCCACUCCCUCCGCGUGUGUGCUGUCCUCGCCGUGCACGCGCGUGGUACCCACGGUCGUGAGGAGGAGGAGGAUGUUGCGCGUGAAGGGGAAAUGGCUGCCGAAAACAAGCCGGAAGGACUGAAGAAAGUUCGUAAUCCGGAUCGAAUGUACAGAUCAACCGUGUGUUAUGCUGGCCACGGUCCACCUAAGAGUAUCAGUGAUGACGCAGAGACCAACAAUGAACAUGGACAUUUGAAAAUAUACCUGCCCAAGAAGCUGCUUGAAUGUCUACCAAAAUGUACAUCGCUGCCAAAAGAGAGACACCGGUGGAACACCAAUGAGGAGAUCGCAGCUUACUUGAUAACAUUUGAAAAACAUGAAGAAUGGCUAACAACAUCCCCUAAAACAAGGCCGCAGAAUGGGUCGAUGAUACUGUACAAUCGGAAGAAAGUGAAGUACAGAAAAGAUGGCUACUGUUGGAAGAAGAGGAAAGAUGGGAAGACCACACGGGAGGAUCACAUGAAGCUGAAAGUGCAAGGAGUUGAGUGUCUGUAUGGCUGCUAUGUCCACUCAUCCAUCAUCCCCACCUUCCACCGUAGGUGCUAUUGGCUGCUCCAGAACCCUGACAUUGUGCUCGUCCAUUAUUUGAAUGUGCCAGCCAUUGAGGAUUGUGGGAAACCAUGCGGUCCAAUCCUGUGUUCCAUCAAUACGGACAAGAAGGAGUGGGCCAAAUGGACCAAGGAGGAGCUGAUCGGCCAGCUCAAACCCAUGUUUCAUGGCAUCAAGUGGACUUGCAGCAAUGGGAACAGCAGCUCUGGCUUCUCAGUGGAGCAGCUAGUGCAACAGAUACUGGACAGCCACCAAACUAAGCCACCGCCCCGGACUCACAACUGCCUCUGCACGGGCACGCUGGGUGCAGGUAGCAGUGUGCACCAUAAAUGCAAUAGUGCCAAACACCGCAUCAUCUCUCCCAAAUUGGACCCCCGCACAGGAGCCUACAGCAGCGCUCACUCUGAAGUACAAAACAAUGACGUGUCAGAGGGGAAGACUGAGCACUGUGGUCAUGGUGGAAGCAAAAACUCUGGUGGCGGUAGCGGAGGAGGCAGCACCAGGGAGAAACGCAACGGGAAAGUCCACAAGCCCAUUUUGUUGCAUCAGAACAGCACGGAGGUGUCAUCUACCAACCAGGUCGAGGUGCCUGACACCACACAGAACUCCCCUGUGUCCAUCAGCAGUGGCCUCAACAGCGACCCUGACAUGGCUGACAGCCCUGUGGUGACAGGAAUAAGUCAUGUGGCCUCUGUCAUGUCUGGCCUCUCGCAAGGGGUCUUUAUGUCAGAGGUGACUGGAGACAACGUCUACAGCAUGUCUCCAACUGGCGGCCCCAACACUCACCUAAUUGGUGGAGAUGCCAACUCCCAGGGCUUGGUGCUCUCUGAUCGUCAUAAAUUUGCUUUCCCGAGUGGAGGAGUAGGGGAACCCGGGAAUACGGGAGACAGUCUGUCCAUGUUGUCCUCCGCAGGAGUUUCUGAAGAACUGGUGCUCUCAAGCAGUCUGGACUCUGGAAGUAUCAAGAUCCCAGAGACCAACAUGAACUUUGACCCCGACUGCUUCCUGAACAACCCCAAACAAGGCCAGACCUAUGGAGGCAGUGCAAUGAAGACAGAGGCUAACUGUACCUCAUCCUCGUGCAGGGUCAGUGGUAGUGCCAACGACACACUGCAGACCUCCCCUUCAAUGUCAGAUAACGGCUACAGCUUCAACUCAGCUUUAGUGAAGAAUAUUAAGACUGAGGACACAUCCUUUGAACAGCAGCUGGCCGCGGAGAGUGGCUACCAAGUGGGGGCGGUAGUGAACUGUGGAAGCGGGGUGUCUGUGCCAUCCAGUGCUGGCUCAGGCCAGGGUGGCCUCACUUUGACCCCAGCAGGAUCCUUACUUCCUUCUGGUGGUGGUCUUAGUCCGAGUACCACUCUGGAGCAGAUGGAUUUCAGUGCUAUUGAUGCAAAGCAAGACUACACAUCCAACGCUUCUACAGUGAGCUAUGGUCAGGCCUUGUCUAGUCCUCACAUGUCACACCAAAACCGUUCUCCCACUUUCUUCCUUCAGGAUACCUCUCAAUCCAGCCAGACUCAACAUGGGAGAGCCAGUAUGGGCCAGAAAACACAAAUAGUGGAACACAACUCCCAUGAUUCUGGAGCUUAUAUGGGGCUGCAGGUUGUAAAGACCGAAUCUCCUGGGAGCAAUGGUCACCUCCACCACCGACAUGGGGCCAACUGUAAUGGAGGCUCACCAACAAAUGGCUCUGGCCAAGCUGGUUCCCUGCAGCUGCUACAGUACCAGGGGACAUUCCCUGGUCUCGGCACCGAGCAUGAGGAUGUAGUGGGUAUCGAGCAGCCAGGCAGUGUCAGUUCAGGACAGGUUGGAGCCACAGAGAAUGGUGCACAGAAUCUACUCAAGCAAGGGGAUCAAAUGCAGGCCUGUGUGGCGCGAAAUGGAGAGGGAGGGGGCCGUGAACACUAUCUGCAGCAGGCAUCUGAUGGCUCAGGAGGAGGAAAUGGUGGUGCAGGUGAAGGCAUCCCGCUUCACAAUGGAAACAGUGAUGGUAGCAAUCUCACUCCACAGCAACAGCAGCUGCAGCCACUCCUCCAAGGCGCAGGCAUGGUCCAGGGUCUCUACAACACUGUUGCAGCCCACCAAGGCCUGGGAGGACCAGCUAAUAGUGGAGGAGCAGGGGGGGCAAGCAUGGAGAUAAGUCUGGAUCACUUUGACAUCUCUUUUGGAAACCAGUUUUCUGACCUUAUUAAUGACUUUAUCUCAGUGGAUGGCAGUGCAACAGCCAUGUCUGCUGGAGGGACUCUCUAUGCUCACCAGCUCGUCACUUCCCACAGCGCCGAUGGUCAAAACACUGCUGGUGGGGGCCCCCCGCAGGGCCAGGAGGAUGCAGUGGCCAGGGGUUCUGGCUACAACACAUCAGAGCUCUGCCUUCAACCAUGCUGCAGCCCCCAGUCUCUCAGUGGAGGAACAGGAGCAGGAGGAAACACAGGGGGGGCAGGUUCAUUGUCGUACAUGAAUGUAGCCGAUGUGGUCUCUGCAGCCGUUGCUCACGGCACUCUGGGGAUGCUCCAGGCCACUGGGCGACUCUUCAUGGUCACAGACUACUCUCCUGAGUGGUCUUAUCCUGAGGGUGGUGUUAAAGUGUUAAUCACUGGUCCUUGGCAUGAGGCAGCUUCAAACUACAGCUGUUUGUUUGACCAGAUUUCAGUCCCUGCUUCUCUCAUCCAGCCAGGAGUGCUGCGCUGCUACUGCCCAGCUCAUGACACAGGUCUGGUGACGCUACAGGUGGCUGUCAGUAAUCAGAUCAUCUCCAACUCUGUGGUUUUUGAGUACAAGGCUCGUGCUCUUCCCUCCCUGCCCUCCUCUCAGCAUGACUGGCUCUCCUUGGAUGAUAACCAGUUCAGAAUGUCGAUCCUGGAGCGCUUGGAACAGAUGGAGAGGAGGAUGGCGGAGAUGGCCAGCCACCAGCAACAGAGCGGUGCAGGGAGUGGUGGAGCUGGAGGAGGAACAGGAGGAGCCGGCACAGGGGGAGGUUGUGGCGGGGGAGACAACAGCCAGCCCCAGUGUGUAUCCAGCCAAACGCAGGCCAGCAGCUCCUUCGAGAGUCGUGUCGUGGUGGUUUGUGAGAAGAUGAUGAGCCGAGCUUGCUGGGUCAAGUCCAAACAUUUAAUCCACUCAAAGACUUUCCGAGGCAUGACACUCCUUCACCUGGCUGCUGGCCAGGGCUAUGCCACCCUCAUCCAAACACUCAUCAAGUGGCGCACUAAGCAUGCUGAUAGUAUUGAUUUGGAGUUAGAAGUGGACCCUCUUAAUGUGGAUCAUUUCUCCUGCACGCCUCUGAUGUGGGCAUGUGCGCUAGGUCACCUUGAGGCAGCUGUGGUCCUGUAUAAAUGGGAUCGACGGGCUCUGGUCAUUCCAGAUUCUCUUGGCCGCCUACCACUUUCGAUCGCCCGUUCUCGUGGUCAUACCAAACUCGCUGAAUGUCUGGAGAAACUGCAGCGGGAGGAGCAGCAGCCACAAGCUCCUCAACCUCCUGCUUCUCACAUGUCUUUCUCUCCAGACACCCCUACAACAGACAGUUGGAUGCUCAGUUGGGCAAACGAUAGUGUUUCUGCGCCUGGUGGUAAAAGAGUAGGUUCUGCUACCACGACAACCACAUCCAGCCUCAAUCCAGACUUGAGGAGGCCUCGGUCUGAGCCUUCCAGCUACUACACCAGCGAGGGCCAAAGAGAUCUUCCACUAGCUAAAAAGCAUAAACCCAACCCAGAACUGUUUCAGAUGCGGCCUGACAAGGCCAUGUCUGUUCCUCUUAGCCUAGAGCAGCAGCAGCUCCAUAAACUGUCCACCAGCCCCAAGACCCAGCCCUCAGAGGGCACAGAAAAUGGCCUCUCUACUGGAGGUAGCACAGGUACAGCAAGAUGGAGCCCCAGGGAGAGUUUCUCCUGCAGCAGCAUAGGGAGGAAGGGGUUAGGGGUCAGCGGGAGCAGCACUUUGGGAAAGGAAAAGAUCGUCACCAGGUUACGCCAGCGAGAACAGCUUGGCAUGCUGGUGAUGGCAGACAGAGACAUGGCUGAUGCAGAAAUGCUGGCCUAUCGGGAGGAUCUGGAGAAUCAGGACUGUCUUACGCAGAUGGAUGACCUGCAGGCAAACAUGAUGACUCUGGCAGAACACAUCAUUGAGGCAACGCCGGAGAGAAUCAAGAGGGAGAACUUUACUGCAGUAGACCUUUUACCGGUAGACACAUCUGGGGUUAACAACACCAUGAACUGGCUGGCCAACUACCUGGGAGAUGUAGAGCAACUGCCAAGCAUCCUACACUUACGCCUGAGUCCUGAUGGGUCCCCACUGGGAGAGGGGCCCCUGGAGAGGUCCACACUUCCAUCGCCUGCAGACUGGAAUGAGUUCCUUAAUGCCUCCAACAGCAAGGUGGAGAAAGACCUGGCCCAGCUGACUCUGUCUGACCCAGAACAGAGAGAACUAUACGAAGCUGCCCGCCUAGUUCAGACAGCCUUCCACAAGUACAAGGGGCGGCCACUCCGAGAGCAACAAGAAGUAGCUGCGGCUGUUAUUCAGCGUUGUUACAAGAAAUACAGACAGCUUACAUGGAUAGCCUUGAAGUAUGCACUUUAUAAGAAGAUGACGCAGGCCGCCAUCCUUAUCCAGAGUAAAUUCCGUAGCUACCACGAGCAGAAGAAGUUCCAGCAGAGCAGGAGGGCCGCCAUGCUCAUUCAGCAAUACUACCGCAGCUACAAGGAGUUUGGGAGGCUCAAGCCUCACCACCGUGGGCCGGCCGCUGCCCUGGUGCAGCACAAAUUGAGAGGUUGUCUGCUCACCAAGAAGCAGGAUCAAGCUGCCCGGAAGAUCAUGAGGUUCUUGCGUCGUUGCCGCCACAGCCCCUUGAUGGACCAUAGACUGUUCAAGCGGGGUGAGAGAAUUGAAAAGGGCCAGGGAACAUGAGACCACUCAGAAGAGCCCCCUCGCAAUGUGACAUCACUCCUCUAACACCUCCUUUUUUAUUUGUAUUAUAUUUUUUGGGAAACAAGACAUUAUACAACAGAAAUGGAUGAAAAAAAGCAUCAGUGCAGUGUCACUCUAACACAUUUUUUUCCACACACACACAUAUAUAUAUGUAUAUAUAUAUAUAUAUACAUAUAUAUAUGUAUGUAUUAUUCUUUCUAUUGGAUUUCAUUGGAGAGUGGCAACUUCUACUCCGGAAUCAUAAACUUCAGUGGGGCAAGAGGGGUGCAGAACAUUUUGCUUUAUGACAUUUUUUUGCACUUUUUUCUGGACAUGAUUUCAGACUGUGAAGGAAGAAAAGGCAAAACAAACCACAGGAGGUCUGAGGCUUGUGAAUAAACGUGUAUAAAGGCUGAUGCUGAAUAUCUCAGACCAUAGGGAGACCAUACUGGAUGACUCUAAUUGUAUUUCUGAUUUUUUUUUUUUUUUUAAAGGGGAUGGAUUUUUUUUUUUAUCCAAAUAAAUGAGUGAACCCACAUCGCCACAUCAGUGAUACGUUAUAAUUGCUUCCCACUGUGCUCUGCCCUGUCUCUCCGCCCACGAGGUGGAAGCUACAACUGAAUGUAGUCAGGGGUGAACUGUGCAGACGCAAAUGAGGGAUUUACAGUAUUGUUCUUUUUUUCUGUUGCCUGUUGUCACUUUAUUACUUGAAUUUGUUCCAUACUGUCAAAAAGUGUUUGUCCCCUGAUGUCUAAUGUGUUGGUGAUCUGUAUCUUCAGGUUCUAUGUUGUAGAAUCUUAUCCCAAAAGAAAAAUGCAUGACUUCUGCGUAAAAGAAAAGUCUUUGCUUGUAUGUUUAUGGUCUUAGUCUUUCAGCCGAUCCUUGGGUUCUCUUGGCACAUGUCCAUCAUCAUUGUAUUUGUUUCUCACUUUUGCCUAUUUUGCGUUGUUAAAGUUCGGGUCAUGCAGGUUCUUACGGUUGUUUUUUCAGUGAACUUCAGAGCCUGCAAGGGCUUUUGAUGGGAAGAUCACAUACAUUGCCUUGACGUCUUAGAGAUUCUUUGAGGGGUCCCUAAGCUUGUCUCAAAAUAGGGGUUUGACAAAUCCAUAUUUUUGACAAUUAAGUGAACGUUUCUGUAUAUAACGAAGGCUGAAAGUAUGUAGGGGGGGAAAAAACACAUUUACCCGAUGGGGAUUGUAUUUUAGAAAUAUAUUAUUUUAUUCAUUAAAAAAAUAUAUGGGUUAACAAGAGGUACAAGACAAACACAAAUAUUUGUAUAGUUUUCUUUGAAUGCCUAAGAAGUACAGUUGUAUUGUUUGUAAAUAGUGUAAAUAUCUGGGAUAAAAAUGAGUUAUGUGCAUGAAAAGUACGAAGAGUCAAAGGGGGGAAAAAAACAACAAAGCAGUAGUGGCUAUGCGCUGUAAAAAGAAAACAAUUUCACUAUUUUAGAGUCUUAUUUUAAUUGUUCUUAAAAAGAACAUUUUUGCUGAAGCAUGUUAUUAUUGCGAUAUGAAAACAGACUUUAUGUAGAGUUAGGAAAUGUCUUUAAAAUUUACUCUAAAACAAAAACCUUGUUUUUGUUUCUUAGCUACCCAUAAUCCUUUGCCAAUGGUGCCAAGGAAUGCGAACGCUACAUUAUAGCUUAAAACAUAUUUUGCAAAGCUGAUAAUCAUAUUCACACUCUAAAGACCAUAACUGACCGAGAACAAUAAUACAAUUUUAAAGGGGAGUUGUGUCCAAGCAGGAGGCUUUUUAAGUCCCUCCCACCACUUUUAGCUUAUAGCAGAGUUUUUAUUUAUGUUCUCUUUGCAAAAGGAAUGUGACGAGUGAUGAUUUUAAAGAUUGUAACUGGCAGCCUUGACCAGGGUCUUUUUUUGAGAAGACGUGAAUGACUUUACAUCUUUUAAAAUGUGCCGUGCGAUGUUGUAGUAUUAACUCACUAAAUCACACAACUUUCCUAAUUCAGUAUUUCAGUAUUCUUGAUCAAGGCUGCCAGGUCCGAACCAACCUUAUGUUGUACAUUGUUUGUAACAAAAAAAAAAGAAGAAAAAAGUUCGAUAUUUUACGCUGACAAACAUGUAGCAUAUAUUGUGCAUGGCUGGAUAUCUUUGUCAAGCAGCAACAUCCAAAGGUGCUAAAUUUAUUUGAUCCAAAAUUGAACAUUAAAAAAUGGUCACUAAAAACUGUAGUCAAUAAGUGUAUUUUUCAUAUUGAAAUUACACAAACAGUCAUAUUUGUUCAACCAUAAUUUGGCUUAAUUGAAUGUUGUCAUUUUUAAGUCUGAUUCGUGCACUUUAUUUGGACAGUGUUUAUGUAGAAAGUGCCUAUUCGCUAAACCUAAAAACUCCUGCUUUUCUCCAUUGGAGUCAACCACAGAGCAACACUUAUUACCUGCCAAUGUUCAAAGCUAUCGUACGAUAUUCUCUCUUCUCAGCGAUGUCAACUGCUUGUCUUGCUUUCUUUUCUGUCUUUUUUUUUUUUAAUUGUUCUCUGUUGGCACGGAAUGUUCAAAUCACACCUAGAAAUGCCACUACUGGGGUUUGUUGCGACAAAUUCGCCCUCUUUCCUGCGGGUCGAUCGCAUAGCCAAUGCAAACUUGCUAAAGGGACGGGGGAUUUAUUAUGCUUGCAUGGGUAAAAUAGUCAACUGGGUGAUAGACGUGCACCUGAAGCAUGCUUACUUUCCUAGAAUCGGUAGUCGGAUGAACUUGUUAUAUGACAUACAGGUUCUGCAAUGCGAUCACGUACCACACAAAGAGGAGAGGGCACCAGUUCCAUAAAAAGUAGCUACUAAUGUUUUCACAGCAAUGGAUUCAACGAGCAUUGUUUUCCUUUUCAUUUACACUUAUGUGUUUCAUUCCUUUAAAUUCAGCGUGUGUUCUCCAAAUUCUGACAAUAAACCAUAAACUUUUCAGAUUAGAUUAGCGAACACAAACAGAUGCGUCGAUAUGUCAAAGGUUGGCAUUUCCCUGCUGUAGCCUGCAGGGGCUGUGUUGUCUCCUUUCUGUGUUUUACUCAGGUGCCAAAAUAGGGUAAAUAAGUAAUAGCGAGUAGUAAAAUUAAACAAUGGCGUAAAUCAGGGGUGUCCAAACUUUUUCCACUGAGGGCUGCUCACGGAAAAAUUUAAGCAUGUAAGGGCCAUUUUGAUAUUUUUCAUUUCCAAACCAUAACAAAAUAUAUUGGGGUUUUUAUAUAUUUUACCUUAAGGGGUCUCAGUCAUAAAAAUGUUAAAAACAAGUAAAAUUAUUAUUAUUGUUAUUAUUUUAUUGAAUGCAAGUAUAUAUAUAGUAAUAAAAAAAGGUUUUAUGGAUUUUCUGUCAAAAACAACUUUGUUUUUUGUAGUAAAACUGAAAUAUACAUCCAUCCAUCCAUUUCAUACCGCUUAUUCCUUUCGAGUUUGCGGGGGGCGCUGGAGUUUAUCUCAGCUAGUAUUUAGUAAUUAGAGCCCUAAAAGAUCCAUAAUGCAGGACAGCAUUGAUUUUAAUUAUUUAAUAUUUUUGAGUAAUCACUGUAAAAAGAUAAAUAAAAUACCACUAAUUAUUAUUGGGAUCCAAAAGGUUCCCCAGUCAUAAAGUGAUACAUAUACCCCCACUAUUUAUUAUUUGCUUUUUACUUUUUUAAAUGAUAUCUAAAUUAUGUACGCUGCUACUGGAAUUUUUAUUUUCCUGAGGAACCUCUCCUGAAGGAAUCAAUAAAGUACUAUCUCUCUAUUUUUAUUAGUUUUUUCUUUUACUUUCAACACUUAAGUUACGGGAUCAACUUGAGAUAUAUCUGUCCAUUUUAUGUUUGAACUGUUAUUUUGUAUGUCUAAUGCUCUUUUGUCAAAUAAAACUUUAAUGUUUUUAUAUGGCAACUACACAAUAUAUACAAUAUUUACCACAUAAAACAGGGGUCGGGAACCUUUUUUGGCUGAGGGAGCCAUACAAGCCAAAUAUUUUAAAAAGUAUUUCCGUGAGAGCCAUAUACUAUUUUUUUUAAGACUGUAUAAAACUAAAUGCGUGGAUUUUUAAGUAAGACGAACAUUUUUAGAGUACAACAAGUCUCUUAUGGGACGGCGUGGCGCAGUGGGAGCGUGGCCCUGCGCAACCCGAGGGUCCCUGGUUCAAAUCCCACCUAGUACCAACCUCGUCACGUCCGUUGGGUCCUGAGCAAGACACUUCACCCUUGCUCCUGAUGUGUGCUGUUCGGCACCUUGCAUGGCAGCUCCCUCCGUCAGUGUGUGAAUGUGUGUGUGAAUGGGUAAAUGUGGAAGUAGUGUCAAAGCGCUUUGAGUACCUUGAAGGUAGAAAAGCGCUAUACAAGUACAACCCAUUUAUCAUUUAUUUAUUCUUUUCAAUAACAUUGUUAUUCUGAAGCUAACCAACAAUAAAUAAAAUACGGAAGAAACUGGAUGGAUGGAUUAAAAUGCAUGAGAAUGUUUUGUAUUUUGAACGUUAUUUUUGACACUGUGAUUACCAGCGGAAUUAUUCAUUACCUACUGUGCUAAGCAAUGUCCGCUAAGAUUUAUCUGAGAGCCAGAUGCAGUCAUCAAAAGAGCCACAUCUGGCUCUAGAGCCAUAGGUUCCCUACCCCUGACAUAAAACAUUUUAAAGUGAAAUAUUUGAAGUAACUGGAGCCUUGAAGAUAAUUCAUUAUAACAUGGAUUAUUUUGUCAUUAUUAUUUAUUUUAUUUUUGAGCAAUGGCAAAAAAAGAAAAAGAAAGAAAGACAAAAGAAAAAAAAACAGCCUGCAUGGCAGCUUUGUCUCAACAUUGAAACUUGUUCUCGUAAGAUUUCACCUCAUUCAAUAAUAGCAAUAGCAUUUCCAGAAUGUGUGGAGGGCCGGUAAACAAUUAGCUGCAGGCCGCAAAUGGCCCCGGCGCCGCACUUUGGACACCCCUGCAGUAAAUAGGGCAAAGCAAAAGAGGUUGAAUUUGAAUGAAAACCUGAACAAAAGUUGCAGGCACCAGCAGACCAGUGGAUUUAUUGCAGAUGGUUUUACAUUUUGCAUUGGAUGUGUCCAACAGAUUAAUGUGAAAUUUAAUUGAUUCAUUCUGUGAAUUUUGAUUUAACGAGUCUGUAAAUUGACCAAAGAAUCUGGCUUCACCCAACACCUCCCCUCCACCCCCCACCAUCUUUCACUCACCAAUGCACAGCAAUAAAGGUUUUUUGUGGAGACCUAUGUUUAAAAUGAUCAGACAUACCUAGUGGACUGACUCUUAUGCAAAUGCCAGUAUUGCAAGACAAGCAUUCAGUAGUUUAUGGAGAGCACCCUUAUACCGAAAUGCACGUUUUCAUCAAUUCCAAACACGAAGAGAAAAAAAGACCCAACUUUGAUAGAAAGCUAUGGGUUCUCAACACGUUGCAUGUGAACUAGUUUUAGAUCUACUUUCCUCUCCUCUAUAGCGCUCCUUCUGUCUCUUCUCUGUUAUGUGACAUUUGUCCGCUGCUGCCCUCAAAAGUUCCAGCUCCCCUUGGUUUUUUUCCUAAUGUGUUUUCCUUUCUCCCCCUGGCCCCCUUACCUUCUCUUGUUUGUAGGUUUUAUUUUUUGUAAUUGUGCAUGUACAAGCGUCACUGACUCGAUGGAUAUGUUUAAAAAAAUAAUUUAAAAAAGAGAAAAAAAAAGUGAUUUCAGCUGCUCAAGCCAUGCAAAACAUUUUGAAUUGCCCUUACAAUAUGGAAGAUGUUUUCUGAAUGCUUUAUAUUCUUUCUGCUGUAAAAUAAUAAAAACAUGAAAAAAUGUUGAAAAGUUAA